ACGAGCGGCUAAUGAGAUGGCUGGACUCACAUACCCGUGGCCCUACGGGUUUCGCUAUCAAAUCAAUUUCUCCCAGAAUUUCUCGUCUGCAAUUUAGGAUCGCAAGCUCUUUCUUCGGAGUCGGAAGAGGAGCACGAGCGACAGUGUAUUGAAGCGAGAGAGAACCAUGUCGCUAGUGGAUUACACUUCAUCUUCCGAGGACGAAGAGGCCGGUGAAGACGAUGAGCGUCAACACGACAAACAAGAUAUAAAAGAAGAGCGGCCGAUGGUGCAGGAGGGACCACGCGAAUCGGCUACUGCCGCUACUAUUCCCCCACAGUUUCAUCAAAGCCUACAAAAAUCCUCAACGUAUCUGCAUCCAGACGUUGUUGUUCCUUCUAAUGCGCCGUCUAUGGAAAGGCUCCCCGAUGCUUCCAUUCUUCUUUCAUCACCAUCAUUUUCGCCGCAGCAAUACGGCGGCAACAACCGCUUUUCUCACAUUGCCUCUGGGAUUACGAAGAUGGCGUCGAGGAAGAGGGAGCGAAAUGGAUCAGCUUUUGUUCAUCCAUCAAAUAAGAACCCUAGAGGAAGCCUACCCAAUUCAAGAAGUAUCUCUGAUACUAGCAGCAGUACCUUUAUCCCGCCUCAGCUAAAGGGAAGGAGCAAUGUUGUUACUGAAGAUUUAAGGAAGCUUUUUGUGAAGCGGCACGCAGAGCCUUCUGGAUAAGUUAAUGAGCUUCCAUGCAGUUUUCAUGCUUUUGAAGAGUUCGAUGUGGAAAAUCUUAUAAUGCAGCUUUCACAACAGAACACCAUGUCUGAUUAUUCCAGAUGAUGAUUAUUUGACUGUUUGAUGUAUAUAUGAUCAUUAAAAAUAAAAGAUUUUCAUAAAUACCACUCAAUCCUUAUGUGUAUUUUUGUAUCUAUCACCUAAUU